AUGUCUAUGGAAAUCCUUUGUAUGUCUUUCACCAGAAGCUUAAGAAUACUAGCAAAACUCUCAAAGACAUGGUCUAGACAAGCCUUUAGGGAUAUUUAUGAGGAACCUAAAAGGUUGGAAGCCCAAAUGAGAAGAUUGGAGGACAACAGUAUCACCUGUAAUACAGAAGAAAAUAGAAUGGAGCUUUCUAGAUGCAGAGCCCAAUUCACAAGGUAUCUUAAGAUUCAAGACUCCAUGCUAAGGCAAAAAGCAAGAGUCAAAUGGCUUGAAGAAGGUGAUGCUAACACUGCCUAUUUUCACAGCAUCAUUAAAGACAGAAGGAGAAUACUUUCUAUAAGGAAGAUAAUGGAUGAAAAUGAGCAAUGGCUUGAAGACAAAGAUAAUAUUGCUGAAGGGACAGUGAGAUACUACCAAAAUAUAUUCAAGCAGGACAGUGAUAACAACAACUUUGUUGCCUUAAACUGUCUGCAGAGAUGCAUUAUUGAAGAAGAUAACAUAAUGUUGAGUGCUAACCCUUCUUUGCAGGAAAUCAAGGACUGUGUUACUUCUCUUGACCCUGAUAGUGCACCAGGGCUAGAUGGGCUAAGUGGCAUUUUCCAUCAAAAGGCCUGGAACAUUAUAUCUAAAGACCCUUAUAAUGCUAUCAUUGCUUUCUUUAUUGGAGCCACCUUCCUAAAUUUUACACCCAUACUUGCUUGGUCCUUAUUCCCAAAAUAG